AGUGGGAGCCUCUGGCAGAGGCUCAAUGGUUUUUAUCCCCUUAGGGCUGCGGAGUGGCAGCUGGACCAGCCGUCAUGGAGUGGCCGGCUGCGGAUCACUGCAAAAGGGCAGGUGGCCUACAUCAAGCUGGAGGACAGGACCUCAGGGGAGCUCUUUGCUCAGGCCCCAGUGGAUCAGUUUCCUGGCACAGCCGUGGAGAGCGUGACGGAUUCCAGCAGGUAUUUCGUGAUCCGCAUUGAGGAUGGAAAUGGGCGACGGGCGUUUAUUGGAAUUGGCUUCGUGGACCGAGGUGAUGCCUUUGACUUCAAUGUGGCAUUGCAGGACCACUUCAAGUGGGUGAAACAACAGUGUGAGUUUGCAAAACAAGCCCAGAACCCAGACCAAGGCCCCAAAUUGGACCUAGGCUUCAAGGAGGGCCAGACCAUCAAGAUCAACAUUGCGGCUGCGAAGGAGCCGGAAGUCUGGCGGGCUCCGGGCGUCGCGAUGGAGGAGGGCGAGUACGAGUCGGUGCUCUGCGUCAAGCCAGAAGUGCACGUCUACCGCAUCCCGCCGCGGGCCACCAACCGUGGCUACAGGGUCACUGAGACAACCAAAAAUAGAAAUCUGACUCCUGUCUUCUCUUCCUACCCGUCGGACUUCGGGACAUCAAUAGGAGGUGCUACUGUGUCCUGGCCGCAGCCCAAUCCUGCCACUACUGCCACUGCUGACAUCUGGGGAGACUUCACGAAAUCCACAGGGUCGCCUUCCAGCCAGACUCAGUCAGGCACAGGCUGGGUCCAGUUCUGACCUGAGCACAACUCUUUUGAUCCUCAUACAACUUCUGGAAAGGAGCUGCCUCAUCUGGGCCAAAGGAAGGAGGCCGAGCGCUCCCUGGCCAGCCUCUGUUUGGACCGAGCCUCUCCUUUCCUCCUCGCCUGACUCUCUUGACAGACUGGGCAUGUUAGGCAGUAAACUGGCACCGUGUCACUCCCGUUUCCUGGGAUUCAAGUAUGCAACCAGGACACACGGGAAGAGAAGCCCCGGGAUCCCUACCCUGUCUGUCCUCUUGACGUGAGAGAGACUCUGAGACUACUUCUUCCAUCACAAUGACCCGUAUUAAAUACAAGGCCCCAAAAGCAAAAGAAGGGGUUGCGUGUGCUGCCUGGAUUCCGAUCAGACCUCCUCAGGGAUUACAGGUGUCACGUGAUCACUGUUCCCAAAGGGGGUUUUCCGCGCUCCGGUUGGCUGUAGCCACUUCAGUCGAGGCGCCUGCAGAGGAGGCUUCCUUCCUGUUUCCUGGCAGGUUUAUGGGCUGCAGCUUGAACAGACAUUCAGGAGUGUUAACCAGCUUUUUAAAAAUUUUUAAUACUUGCUUUGCUCAUGUGCUGAUCUGCACUAACUCAUUAUCUUUGCUAAAGGGACCGUUCCUGCACUAUGUCCCAGCAAGUUCUGAAAGCAUUCCUCACUGUUGGCCACAGGCGCUGCUCUGAGCUUUGGGAAACAGCCUUCAUCUCAGCCACGGGGCCUGGUUUCCCUGUCUUCCAGGCCAGGUAGGCAGGGCAGGACCACAGCAGGCGCUGGAAGCCAGGUGGAACAGCGUCUGGGCCAGAAAGGAGAAGCUUUUCCUCGCGGAGGUGGGGGUUUGGCCUCCCUGUCCUCUGGCAGCUCUCUGGGUUCACAGGCUCAUCGUGAAGUUUCUGGCAGACUGGGGUUUUCUUGGUGGUUUCUGAAGUGCCUUGUUUGCAGACGACCUCUCUCUUUCCUCCUUCAGGGACUGUACAUGACAGAGCUCUGAGUGAAAAAGUUUCGGCCUUUUUUGUGGGACCAGAUUUUUAAGAUUAAAAGAUAAAUCAGUAUUUUUA